AUGGCCAGCAAUGUUUUAUCCACAUCUGUGACUAGUGAGAACCUGAGUUGCCAUGACAUGCUAGCAUGGGUCAAUGAGUCCUUGCAUCUCACCUACACCAAGAUUGAACAGCUAUGCUCAGGAGCACAAUACUGCCACUUGAUGGCAAUGUCGGGCUGCAUCCACCUGAGGAAAGUGAAAUUCCAGGCCAAGCUGAAGCAUGAAUACAUCCACAACUUCAGGCUACUUCAGGCUGCUUUUAAAAGGACGGGCAUGAAUAAAAUCAUCCCAGCGGAGAGGUUGGUGAAGGAGAAGUUCCAGGACAACGUUGAGUUCAUUCAGUGGUUUAAGAAAUUCUUUGAUGCCAACUACGAUGGGAAGGAGUAUAACCCGCUGCUGGCAAGGCAAGGCCAGGAUCUACCUCCUCUUUCAAAAGCGGUUAUAACUAUUGUGCAGAAGAAUCCUCCUUUGGCCUGGAAUGGCAGCAGUGAAGCAGAUGACCAGAUCUUGAAACUAAACCAGCAGUUUAUUGACCUGAAAUUGACAGUGGAUAACAUGGACAGGAAGGUUGAUCUAUGCCUUCAGAAACUUUGCCAAAUUGAGAUGUACCAGAAGCAAGCCAGGCCACAGACUGAAUUUGCAACAUCAGAGUCAUGGACAAAGUCAAACUCAGGAAUUCAGCAGUUCAUGAGCAGACCAUCUACUUCUGUUACGUUAUUGGCAGAAAUCAGUAUUAACAUGUCCUGCCCUGGAGAGUCUGGCAUUUUACAACAGGCUUAA